ACCACCACCAAAAAGAGAAAUUGCACCAUCGACGGCCCAAAUCGCACCUUCUGCCACCGUGCUGAAAUCCGCCUACAAGACCACCCAGGACUCAGGACCCAAGACCUAAGACCCCCACGUCUAGACGCCUCCAGCCUGCACAAGAGUGCCCAAAGAAGUCGAAAACAGCAACAGCCGACCAAUUAUCUCGCUUGUCUUAUUGAACAAUUGAUCGACUUUGGAAGCCUUUCAGCGGCCCUUUCAGCGCAUCUUUAGAGAGCCAUGACGGCUCACAGCGACCAAGCCAUCACGACGCCGCCGCGCGCUCCGUCGCCCGUCCAUGGCUUCGGCACUCUAGCCGUGCAUGCAGGCUCCCCGCAUGACCCUGCCACGGGCGCCGUCAUCGAGGCAAUCUCGCUGUCGACGACGUUUGAGCAGACGGCUGUUGGCCAGCCCAUCGGCCAGUUCGAGUACAGCCGCAGCAGCAACCCCAACCGCGCAAACUUUGAGACCAUGGUGGCCGCCCUCGAGCACGCCAAGUACGCCCUCGCUUUCUCCUCAGGCAGCGCCACCACGGCCACCAUCCUGCAGUCCCUGGCUGCCGGCUCGCACGUCAUCUCCGUCUCAGACGUCUACGGCGGCACCCACCGUUACUUCACCCAGGUCGCCAAGGCCCACGGCGUCAAGGUCACCUUCACCCCUGAGAUCGAGGUCGACAUCCGAGACCACAUCACCGAGGCCACCAAGCUGGUGUGGAUCGAGACCCCCAGCAACCCGACCCUGCGCCUUGUUGACAUCCGCGCCGUCGUGACUCAGGCCCACAAGCACGGCAUCCUGGUCGUCGUCGACAACACCUUCCUCAGCCCCUACGUGCAGAACCCCCUGGACCACGGCGCCGACAUUGUCGUGCACAGCGUCACAAAGUAUAUCAAUGGCCACAGCGACGUCGUCAUGGGCGUAGCCGCCUUCAACAGCGACGAGCUGCACAAGCGCCUCUCGUUCCUGCAGAACGCCAUCGGCGCCAUCCCGUCGGCCUUUGACUCGUGGCUCGCCCACCGCGGCGCCAAGACGCUGCACCUGCGCGCCCGCGAGGCCACCACCAACGCGACCGCCGUCGCCCACGCCCUCGAGGCCAGCCCCUACGUCAUCGCCGUCAACUACCCCGGCCUCGACUCGCACCCGCACCGCGCCAUCGCCAAGAAGCAGCACCGCAACGGCAUGGGCGGCGGCAUGCUGUCGUUCCGCAUCCGCGGCGGCCACGCCGCGGCCGAGCGCUUCUGCCAGCUGACCAAGAUCUUCACCCUCGCCGAGUCGCUCGGCGGCGUCGAGAGUUUGGUCGAGGUGCCCAGCAGCAUGACCCACGCCGGCAUCCCCAAGGACCAGCGCGAGGCCGUCGGCGUUUUCGACGACCUCGUCCGCAUUAGCUGCGGCGUCGAGGACGCUGAGGACCUCGAGAAAGACGUGCUCCAGGCCCUUGAGCUGGCCGUCGCCGAAACAACGACAACGGCCAAGCUCGGAAACGGCACCAACGGCGUCAACGGCACGGCCAACGGGCAGCACUAGGGGAACGAGGAAUUUGGAGAGGGGAAAUCUUGGGGGUCAUCAUCCUUGGGAACCAGGCGGGAGUCGCGGAGCACAAAAAGUCAAGCAUUCAGGGCUAGAAAGACGGGCGGACGGGCGGGGCGGGUCAAGGCGCAUCAUCUCUGUAUUUAUUUAGCGCAUUUUGCAUCAUGCAUAUGAAUGGGUUGUGUGCCUGUUUCUAGAGGCAGAGGCUCGGGGUUGGUGUUUCUAUUUUGGAAAAAAGAGGGCCGUUUCUUUAAGAACAGCCAGCUCGGAUUUAUUUGUCCUUUUUUUUGUCCCAUUGCAAAGACUUUUAGACUCGAGAGGUUUUGGUUCCACUAUAGAAAGAAGCAUUUGUGAUAUAUACACUUCUUUUUUUUUUUCCCCCUCUUGGAAGAUUUGGUAAGUCGGAAGUGUUUCGUGUCGUGACGAGGGCAGCUCGCUUUCUUGGGUUUGGAAUCAAAGAACCGAGACAAAGCAAGCAAGUAACCUAGUAGCUAUC